AUGGGAACGAAUAACACAUCUAAUAGUAAUGGUACUACGAAGAAAAUGUCCCUAGAAGAGUUUCUAGGGAAUGACACUUUAGGUGAGUCGGUAUGGGAUGAAGAAGAUAUCAACCUGGAUGCUAUAAGCAACACUACGAAUAUCGAUAUCUUAAAACAAACCAAGGCAGGUAGUGAACAUCAACGCGAUGGUCAUCAACAAGGCCCACACGGCGGCCAUGGCCCCAUGAACAGAUCGCGCUUUACUAAUUCUGGUCCUUUUGGUGGUGGUAGUAUGGGGGAUUUUGCCAAUCAUCACCACCCCCUGCAGCAUCAGCAGGGCCCUCCUUAUAUAGUAAAGUUUUCUGAUUUACCACCGAGAUUUUCUAACUUUGACAUUGAGGAUCUUUUUCAGGCAAAAUUUACCAAAUUUAUUAAGUUCAAGUUGUUCUGGGAGAUAAAUAAGAACCCUAGUAUCUCUACCUUGAAAUCGGGCUCGGUCUUUGACCAGAAUUUCAAGCGUGGCUCGAAGGUAGCAUUUGUCGAGUUAUACACAUCUCGUGAUAUGGACAAGAUUUUGAAUUAUUGGACCACUCCUUUGAAAGAAAUUUACCACAUUACGACGGCACCUGCUGAAUUUGAUGAUUUCAAAGAUUACAGCACGAAAGUGAAGUUGUUAACGGACCCGAAAGAUGAUGCCGGAAAACCCUUUGUUGCCAAAACUGCAAGAUCUAAAUCCAAUCCUUUUGGAAGUGCCAAACCAGUUGAUACACAAUCAAAGAUCUUGGACAUUGAAGAAAAAAUGGAGAGUUUGCACGUGGAAGAUACAACAACUUUGAGGGCAUCAUUGGUUCCUACUAGCGAUUCCACGGCAGCUACUGCGGCAGGCUGCAAGAUUACAAUCUUGAAAAAGCAACCAUCUAAAGACGAGAAAUCACAGUCUGCAACACCAACCCCCAAACCUUUAAGUUAUUCUGAAGUGGUAGAGAGAUCCGUGGUUAAUGAAACUUCCAAGAAAAGCACUCCUUUGAGCAAGCUCGGUUCACCAGCUCUCGAAUUACAAUCUAAAACAGAUAAAACAGAUGAAUCGAAAGGAGAAGAUGAACAAGGCUUUGAGAAAUGUGACGAUGAUAAAACUCCGGUAGAUGCCCCAAGCGAUAAAGAUAAACACAUAGAAUCAGAUACUGAUAAACAAUUCACUUUCAAAAAUGUUGAAAGAGAAUACAAUACAGGUAGAACAAAAUACAACGGGAACCAUAAUAACAAUAAUGGAAGUUUCAGAGGAAGUAAUAGAUAUCGUGGAGGCCCAAAUAGUGGCAGUUUUAGAGCCGGGCAUAGUAAUCGUGGUAAUCGUGGUGGAUAUCGCGGCGGUAAUUCUUACAACAACAAUAAUAAUACUAAUGAUAAUACUAAUAAUAAUAAUAGUGGUUCAAGGUAUCAUGAUCGACAGAGCAAUGAAGACGGGAUAGUAAACUCAGAGUCAUCUUCUGAUGCAUCAGGAAACAAGAACAAUGAUUUUAUGAACUCAGCAUCCAAUACUCAACAAUAUUCCAUCUUCAAACCAGCAAGUGGAUUCCUUGGCCAAAGUAACAAUGAUUCUAUGAGGAAUAACGGACGUGGCAACUAUAACAGCAGUGGUAUGAAUGGAGGUUCAAGAGGAAGAGGAUUUGGUAGAGGAAGGGGAUUUGGUAGAGGUUCAUAUAAUAAUCGCGGAAGCCGUGGUGGACGUGGAAAUGGUAGUGGUAACUACUCCAGUUACAACUCUAAAGCAACAGACAUGUCUUAG